AUGCCUCGGCUGCCCGGGAGAGCGAGACUCCUCUUCGCCGCGCUGCUGCUGGCGGUGCUGUUGGUGGAGGGGCGGGGGAUCCCCCUGAAGAAGCCGCGGGGUCCCUGGUCCCCGCACCGGAGCCGCGCGAGGCGGGCGGAGGUCUCGGCCUCCCCAGAUCCCAGCUCUCCUAGGGAGGAGGAGGAAACCCCCCUGCUCCCAGGAACCCGUCUCCAGGCAGGGCCACACCGACACAGGCUCUGGGCUCUCACUGAGCCAGCAGCUCCGACCCCGGAAGAGGCAGCCCCUCCUGGGAUGCAGGAGGACACUCCCUUGUUGCUGGAGCUGCAGAAGCUGCCAGGAUUGGCCAACACAGACUUGAGUACCCCGAACCCUAAUAUCCAGGUGGUCAUCGAGGUGGUGAAGGACCCCCAGGCUGAGGUGGAGAUGGACCUGCUGGCCGAGUCAAGCAAUCUCUGGCCCCCGGGUGUCCCCAGCUGGCUGCCCGCCAAGGACGUCUCCUGGCCCCUCUUCUGGGGCUACCUGGAGGAUGAGGAGGCGGGAUCCAGUCUCAAGGGCAGAGUCCCCAAAGGAGAGGAGGAGAAGGAGAAGGAGGACUACCUUUCCGAGUACAGUAAGAGCCAGGAGCCGGAGGGCAGUGAUGAGGAAGAGGGCGACAGGGAGUUCAGUGGAGUCCUCGGCACCUGGGAGCAGGACUGGCUGGCCCCCAGGGACUGGGCCUUCAAGGAAAUCUAUGAUAAUGAGCUUCAAGAGGAGUGGAGUCCCUGGUCUCCUUGCGCUGUGAGCUGCGGCGGCGGCAGCCAGCAGAGGACUCGACCCUGCGGCUACUCCUGCACUGCCACCCAGUCCCGGGACUGCAGCCUGCCCCCCUGUCCUGGUGCUGAGCACGAGGACCCCUUGGGCUUACCCAGUGAGGAGUGGCAGCCCCUGGCCUACAAUGCCUCGGACAUGCUCGGCUCAGACGUGGACCACUGUGAGAAGUGGCUGAACUGCAAGAGCGACUUUCUAGCCAAGUAUCUGAGCCAGAUGCUGCAGGACCUGCCCAGCUGCCCGUGCACAUACCCGCUGGACGCUACGCACAAGGACGUGAGCUUGCAGGACAAACAGAAGGGCCGCAGCUUCCAGUGGAGGGAUGCCAGCGGCCCUAGGGAGCGCCUGGACAUCUACCAGCCCACGGCGCGCUUCUGCCUGCGCUCCCUGCUGUCCCCGAACAGCAGCACGCUGGCUGCCCAGCACUGCUGCUACGACUCAGGGCACCGGCUGCUGACCCGAGGCAAGGGCGCCGGCACACCUGACCUCAUCAGCACACAGUUCUCACCUGAGCUGCACUUCAAGUUGGACACGCUGCCCUGGAUCUUGUGUAAGGGGGACUGGAGCCGCUACCACUCUGUGCGACCCCCCAACAAUGGCCAAGCCUGCGCGGACAACCCUUCUGAGAAGGAGUACCUGGCCCAGCUGCAGGAGGCCAGGGAGUACUAA